AUGCCUGCCAGUGAAACAGAGUCAUUCCAAUCAGUACCAAUGCUUUCGAUUUCUUUCAUAUAUGCUCACGAUCCAGUCAAGAAUAGAAUGAUAGUACGAGUAGUGAAGGAACUGACUCUUAUCAAAGGGAGGACGGGACUGAAGAUGUUGAUUCAAUCUCCCUGUAAGCAACGACGUAAAGGAACUAAUGCCGCUGACUCAGACGCUGCGGUGAUUGAUGUAGCUUCGUCGUCUGUCUCACUUCCACCAUUCCUUAGUCUUAGCUUAAAGGAUGCUGAUGGACUGUCCUUUAUUUCAGAUACAAUCUUAAAACUAGGCUCCUCCCACACCACAAGGAUGGCAAAACUCGCCGCAGGAAUGGUUGAAUAUCAGGGCUUUUUCAACCCCAGCUUUCCAAUAGGACUUUCCUUAGAACGAGACAGGGGGGAUAGCAUCCCAUACCGGAGUUCACCUCUAAAAGCAAAGAAGGCUAUAGCCUCGGUUAAGCCUAGAAUGUCUCAAACUUCUCUUCCAAGCAUUCUACAACAUAUUGGAGUCGAUAAGGCCCAAGCGGGCGCAUUCCCUCCUGUUUUCGGAGAUAUUCUAGCCCAAGCUUCGUUCCUCAAGCUACUGGUCCGGGCGAGCUACUUCAGCUUCAAACCUCUCCUUGCCAGUCACCGUUUCCCCAGUUGGUCGACUAACUUCGAACCUCUUCGCUUUGCUCGAGCGUCUACGAACCAGACCCUAUCAGGCCAGCGGCUCCGCUCCUCUCGCUUAGGCCCUUCAGUCUCGUCCAUCCGGUCUCGUAACUUCAUCCCAAAGCAAAUUAAAGAGAAGUUCUCACUCCUCAUACCUCGGCCCUUGGAUAUCGACUCUACCCCUUCACCAGGGUCUUCAGUUCGAACCAACCUGGAAAGCCUUGCCUACGCAUAA